AUGGUCUCUGUCGAACAGAAAAAUAUUGAUGAAGAUUUGGAUUAUAUGUUUACCCCAAGCAGAUGGGUAGUUCGUAUGAAGCAAGAUGAAGUUGUGGAAGAUUUUGUGACUUCUGUAUCCAAAGCAAGAGAGGAACUACUAUUAUCACCGACCGUAGAGAAAGAAUUGGACAUCGUCUAUUUCACAGAAGGAGAUACUAAAUGUUGUGUAGAUAUUUACAAACCAAAUAAAGCUGCAACAGAUGCACCAGUUGUCCUAUUCAUCCAUGGUGGCUACUGGCAGGAAUGUAGUAAAAUACAUGGAGCUUUUCCUGCACGAUCCUUGAUUAAAAAUGGUAUCAUUACAGUUGCUGUAGGCUAUACUAUAGCUCCAGAAGGUAAAAAGGUCAAGAAAUAUUAA